AUGACAUCUGUCCAACAGCUCUACUCCCUCGAGGGACAAAAUGCCCUCGUCACAGGCGGCACGCGAGGAAUAGGUCAAGCAAUGGCCAUAGCCCUCGCAGAAGCAGGCGCCAACAUCAUCCUUGUACAACGCGACACAUCCAACCAAACUACAAAAGAAGCCAUUGAGGCUCUAGGUCACAAAGCAACAAUCUACACCGCCGACCUCUCGUCCAAGGCCUCUGUAUCGAGCCUCGUCCCCACCAUCCUCAAAGACGGCCAUAGAAUACACAUCCUCCUCAACUGCGGCGGCAUUCAGAAGCGACACCCUGCCCACCAAUUCCCAGAUGACGACUGGGAGUCUGUGCUACAAGUAAACCUUACCUCUGUAUUUCAACUCUGUCGCGACGUGGGCGCACACAUGCUCGAGCAGCCUGCCGAUUUGCCAUUGGGACGUCGUGGUAGUAUCAUAAACGUAGCCUCGCUGCUCACCUUUCAAGGUGGUAUCACAGUACCGGCGUAUGCUGCGUCCAAGGGUGGCGUGGGACAGCUGACCAAGGCACUUUCCAAUGAGUGGGCCAGCAAAGGGCUUAGCGUGAAUGCGAUUGCGCCGGGAUACAUUGCGACGGACAUGAAUGAGGCGCUGAUCAAGGACGAGAAGAGGGCGGAGAGUAUACUGUCGCGGAUUCCUGCGGGGAGGUGGGGGAGUCCAGAGGACUUCAAGGGCGCGGUUGUAUUUUUGGCUAGUGCGGCGAGUGCGUAUGUUAGUGGUGAGGUGCUUACUGUCGAUGGAGGGUGGAUGGGACGGUAG